AGUCACCGCCGCACAGCGGCAUUCAGAUGAAAGAACGGUACCGGUACUUUUCAAAGGUGGUAUAGUACCGAUUUCAACUGAUUAGUACCAUGAUACUUUAUUAGCAGCAGUAUACCGUACAACCCUACUACACACACAUACAGUACAUAGAAGAAAGUGUGUUUUUGUUGUUUGUGUCUUGCAGACGUCCAGCAGCUGAUCGGUAAUCCAGAAGAAGUUUCCCCUCAGUCAUGGGGGAGUUCCACUUUGAAGCAGGAGACUCCACAACCACCCUGCAUUAAAAAGGAAGAGGAGGAACUCUGCAUCACUCAGGAGGGAGAGUGUCUUCUAGGACGAGAGGAAGCUGAUUACACCAAGUUUCCACUGAGUAUUCUCUCUGUGAAGACUGAAGAUGAUGAAGAGACACCACAAGUAGCUCCACUAUCAGAUAGUGAGGCGAAAGACGAGGUUGAAGAACCUAUGAGUAGGAAAACUGACUGUAAAGAACUUCCCCUUCAGCCUAAGGAGGGCAGCUCCACUUUGAAGCAGGAGGCUUCACAGCCCCCUCACAUUAAAAAGGAAGAGGAGGAAAUCUGCAUCACUCAGGAGGGAGAUUGUCUUUUAGGACAAGAGGAAGCUGAUUACACCAAGUUACCACUGAGUAUUCUCUCUGUGAAGACUGAAGAUGAUGAAGAGAAACCACAAGUAGACAACCUCUUAGCUCCACUAUCAGAUAGUGAGGCUGAAGACGAGGUUGAAGAACCUUUGAGCAGCGAUAAAGACUGUGAAGGUGAUAUGAGGACUCACACUGACAACAAACACUCUAAAUGCUCUACAAAGAAGAGAGGUAGACAAUGUUUGAGCUGUUCAAUUUGUGGUCAAAGUUUUACUAAAAAGAGCCGUUUUACUCGACACAUGAGAACACACACAGGUGAAAAACCAUUUAAGUGUUCAGUUUGUGGCAAAAGUUUUUCUCAAAAUAGCAUUUUGACUCAACACAUGAGAACACACACAGGUGAAAAACCAUUUAAAUGUUCAGUUUGUGGCAAAAGCUUUUCUCGAAAUAGCCAUGUGUCUCAACACAUGAGAACACACACAGGUGAAAAACCAUUUAGUUGUUCAGUUUGUGGCAAAAGCUUUUCUCAAACUAGCAAUGUGACUGAUCACAUGAGAACACACACAGGUAAAAAAACAUUUAACUGUUCGAUUUGUGGUAAAAACUAUUCUAUUUUGAGCAGUUUGACUCGACACAUGAAAACACACACAGAUGAAAAAACAUUUAAUUGUUCAGUUUGUGGCAAAACCUUUUCUGUUAAGAGCCAUUUGACUCAACACAUGAGAACACACAAAGGUGAAAAACAAUUUAAUUGUUCAGUUUGUGGCAAAAGCUUUCCUCAUAGCAGCUCUUUGUGGCGACACAUGAGAACACACGCUGGAGAAAAACCUUUUAGUUGUUCAGUGUGCUGUAAAAGGUUCACACAUAAUGCUGACGCAGUAAAACACAUAAGAACACACAAGGGAAAAUAACUGUCCAUCCAUUUUCUACCACUUGUCCCGUUUGGUAUUGUGGGGUACACCCUGGACAAGUCGCCACCUCAUAGCAGGGCCAACACAGAUAGACAGACAACAUUCACAUUCACAUUUAUCCCCUGGGCCCAUUUAGUGUUGCCAAUCAACCUAUCCCCAGGUGCAUGUUUUUGGAGGUGGGAGGAAGCCAGAGUACUCGGAGGGGGGGAAAAAUAACUGUUUAGUUUGUGGUAUGUUGCUCAUAUGUGGCGACAUCCACCCUACCCAGGACCUCCUCACUGCUUCUUUCACAAAUAUCUGAGGUAUUCAUACAAACUUGGAUUAUUUGGAGCAUAAUCUUAUCUACUCAUGACCCCAUGUCUUCUCUGUAUCUGAAACCUUCCUGAACAGUAAGAUAGAUGAUGCUUCAAGUGCUUGGUUACUCCUUCUUCAGUCCAGGGACCUGGGGCCUCAUGUGUCAAGUUUGUGCACGCUCAAAAACCUGCACUACACCCUUUUUCACUGCAAAGUUGAGAUGUAUCAAAACUGACAUUGUGAUGCUGGGUAACUGUUUGCAUAACCAAGUGACAACUUUUACUCCUCAGACUGAUUGAUGUGCAAAUCAGAGACAUAUGAACAAUUAACCCCCAACACCCACAACCCAACCCCCACCUCCCUUGUUAUUCGGGCAUAAAAGGUUGAAUCCGGCCCGCGAGAUGAGUUUGUGAAGUGUAAAAUUCAGCUGCAUUUUUUUAUGAAAGAAACUGCUGUUCUAAAUGUGUCCACUGGAUGUCGCAAUAAAUGUUUUAUUUGUGAUAUGUAAAUUUUCAGAAUGUGCUUGUUCUAUU